GUAUUCUGCUAAUGAAAUAUUAACUUUAGAUAACACUUACGUAAGAUAAGUAAGUAAAAAGUAAAAUUAUACUACUUCCUGGAUACCUAUCGCAAAAUAAGUUAAUUAAAUUAGCUAUUUGUUGUUUAGUUCUUCAUAGUACAAAGUAAUACCUAGGUACUUAUGCUUACUUACUUAUGGUUGUCGACAAGAUGGUACAGCUUUAUACCAACCUACAUAGUUCAGUAUGUAACAUAUUAUGUAUCUUAAGUACCUACCUACUUUACAAUACUACAAAUCUAAGGAUAAGGAACGAUACCAAUUAUGGGGCGGCUGCUUCGAAGAGGAGCCGGCGGCAGUGCUGCGUCGCCUCAACGACUCGCUGGCGGUAGACUCGCGACUAUUCCGGCAAGAUAUCCGCGGCAGCCAGUGUUGGGCGCGCGAACUCAACAGAAGCGGCCAUCUUAAUGAUCAGGACCAUAAAGCCAUUCAACAUGGACUUAACAAUGUAGAAAAGGAAAUAGAAGAAGAGUUGACCUCAAAAGGCCGACUGAGUGAUCCAGAAGAAGACAUCCACUCAGUGGUAGAACGGCGCUUGUACGCGCACGCUGGAGACUCCGCCCUGCGGCUACAUACUGCCCGAAGCCGCAACGACCAGUCCGCUACUGACACUAGGCUGUGGAUGCUGAGGGCCUUACCGACACUGCGCACGGCUUUGAAAAACCUUAUUUUGGUUCUGGUAAGCAGAGCAGAAAAAGAGAUAGACAUCAUAGCGCCUGGGUAUACUCAUCUGCAACGUGCGCAGCCUAUUCGCUGGAGUCAUUUUUUGCUAAGCCACGUAUGGUGUUUGCGUGAUGACGUCACUCGCCUCGAGGAGCAAAAGGGCCGUCUAUCACGCAGUCCGCUGGGCAGUGGGGCGUUGGCGGGCUGUGCCCUGCCUAUCGACCGGGAGAGACUAGCCCAGGAUUUGGGCUUUGAAGACGUUACCCCCAACUCCAUGUUUGGGGUCGGCUCUAGGGACCAUAUCGUUGAAUUCCUCAAUUGGUCGUCAUUAUGUGGCCUGCACCUCAGUAGACUAGCGGAAGACUUGAUCAUCUACAGCUCCCAAGAGUUUGGCAUCGUUCGGUUGUCCGACCAAUUCUCCACUGGAUCUAGUCUCAUGCCACAGAAGAGGAACCCAGAUGGGUUGGAGCUUGUUCGUGGAGCCGCUGGUCUUCUCCUUGGAGAGAGCUUCGCCUUCAGCUGUGUGCUUAAAGGCCUCCCAAGCACAUACAACAAGGAUUUGCAAUCAGACAAAGAACUCCUGUUCAGGAGUUACGAUAAACUACUGGAUUGCCUCAAAGUAACGACUGGGACCAUUAGAACGAUGGAAGUGAAUGCGGACAAAGCACUAAGAGCCUUAGAACCGGGCAUGCUGGCUACAGAUCUGGCUCAUGUGUUGGUGCGUCGCGGGGUGCCGUUCCGACGUGCUCAUCACUUAGUCGGGACCGCACUGCGCCGCGCAAAUGCUCUGGGAGUCGAUCUUCAAAACCUGCCCCAUCAAGAGUACACUGCUAUAUGCCCUGAAUUUGGAACUGAUGAAGAACUCCAGAAAGUAUUCUCGUGGUCGGCUAGCGUGGAGCAGUAUACAAGUGCUGGAGGCACCGCGAAGAUCUCUGUUCAAAGACAGAUCCAACAGCUGCACCAGUGGCUGGAUUCUAAACAAGACGAUGAUGGUAAAGUAUGCCUGACCGAAUAAUACGAAAAACAUGGUGCCUAUUCUCGAGAAUGUAAAUAUCUGUAGGCUGCCAGUUACACAACGUUUUUUGUUAGAAACUGUGCAAGUAUUCUAUUUUAUGAUAUGUAAAAUUUCAUAAAGUCUGUUUAAAAUCG